UCCGAAUUUGGCAUGAAGAAAAGGAGAAGCAAGCUUAAAGAUUCGGCUAUUCCAACGAUCAGAUUUGGAGUGAAGUCUUCCAAGAAGCAAGAUUUACCAACACGACCGGCUGCAGUGAAGAGAGAAAGAAAAAGGGGGUCCGUACAUCUGAUGGAUAUGUAGCAGCAACCCGAGACUGUCGUAGGGCCUUCCCAAUCUUCUGGUACCCAGAGAUCUGUAGCUACCAGAGUAAAACAUAAGUUUGAAUUCAAUGAUAUUUCCAGUAGACAGAGCAGUCUUUCCAGUAGAAUUAAAUGUAUGACUUAGAACUUUAAGUGUAUAAGUUUAGUAUUUUUCAUUUUGUUUGAUAACCAAGCUGGAAUUAGCUAAGCCUAUACAUUUUAAUAUACUGUAGUCAAAGCAGUAAAAUCAGGUCACGAUCUUAAUUGUUUUUGCCAUAGGAAAAAUUCCAACUAAAUGUGGGUUGCUUUGGAAUGAAAUUAUAAUGUUUGAGACCAGCAUGGACUAUAAAUGAGACUGAAAUAAUUUUGGAGUAUAUUGAUAAAUCAGUGAAAAUGUGUUAUUUUUUAUAUUUUUUUUUGCAGGUAUCCAGACCUUGUCAUUUCACAUGUGCGAUAGAGGUACACAGUAUUUUGCACCAGAAAUGACUGAUCCAGAAAGGACCAAAGGGACAAUGUGCAACAUUCCACAGGAAGAGAAGGUGAAGGAGCAGGAAAUGAUGGAAGUAGAGGAAGUGGAGGAUGGAAAGCAGGAAGAAGAGGAGAUAUCGUCAGAUGAUAAACAUGAAACCUCAGACUACCUCCCCAAAUCUUCAGAGUCGUCUUCGGACUACCAGAGCACACCCCAGAAACCUCGCAAAAAGCUGUGCAAAACCCGUGUUGGAAGAUCUCCUGCAGUGGCAGUGGAACCAGGUAUGGUUGUUCCUCCUCAUGAAGAAAAGAAGUAUAUCGUGUUCGAGGGAAAGCAAUAUCGUGUUCAGGCAACGUUAGCGUUAGGAAGAGAGAGAUGGGGACCAUGGUCAUUGUGAACGCCGAAUGCUACUCUUGCGGCAAGAUGUGGAAGUGGGAAAGCCAGCCCUACUUUCACAGAACACCUGCAGGAAACGUGCUGCUUUCUGCAUCAACCCUAUUUGCGGGAGGGAGCUGGAAGAAGGUUGAACGGAUACUAGGCAACCUUCGGGUAGCCUGCAUCUCAGAGCAGACUUUUUAUGGGAUUCAAAGAACCAUCCUCCAGCCAGUCAUCGAAAAGAAGUGGGUACAGGACCAACAGAAGGUGGUCCAACAACUGGUCGCAGCUGCAACUCCCCUUACACUUGCUGGUGAUGGACGGGCAGACAGCCCAGGGCACUCUGCAAAAUAUGGAGUGUAUACAGGACUGGAAGUCAAAAUCAACAAGAUUGUCGACCUUGAGUUGGUUCAGAGUAAUGAGGUCAAGUCCAGCUACCAUAUGGAGCUAGAGGGGUUCAAAAGGCUCCAGGCAUUUCUAGCCAGCAACGGACUAGAUAUUGGGAAGCUCAUCACUGACAGACAUCUGCAGCUUGCCAAGUACGUGAGGGAAAACUCACCAACCAUCCUACACACCUAUGAUGUCUGGCAUUUAGCGAAAAGUGUCCAGAAAAAGAUCCAUGCUCUUGCCAAACAGAAGAGUUUUGAAGAUCUGCUAGUCUGGGAGAGAAGUAUAACAAACCAUGUGUACUGGGUGGCAUCAUCAACAAAGGAUGAGGAAGGUGACCCCCGGGAAGCAAAGUGGACUUCUCUUGUCAACCAUAUCCAGGGGAUCCACGAGGGACACUCAGAACUCUUUCCAAGAUGUCUUCAUGGGGAUCUCCAAGGAGAAAGACCAAAGAAAUGGCUCAAGACAGGUACCAUCGUUACUGAGAAGCUUGAUGACGAAGCUAGUGAAGGACAUCAAGAAGAUGUCAUCUGGAAAACAAACUUCAUCCUUGGAAUCCUUUCACGCCGUGAUCAGUUUGCACCAAAGAUGAGGUCGUACAAGUAUCAUGGAAUGCUGAGCAGGCUUCAUUUGGCAGCAUUACAUUACAAUGCAAACAGUGACCGCAAACAAGCAACCACAAAGAAAGGGGAGAAGCGCUAUGCCAUCAGCAAGCCGAAGUACAAACCAGGAGCUGCUUCUGUCAAAGAACCACGCAUCCACUCCUAUGUUGUGGAACUCAUGGCUGACAUUUCCGAAUAUGAGAGCGAUGCAUCACCACUUCCAAGGCAGCCGUCUCCACCACCACUGACCAGUAGCCAUGUCUAUCCAUCCAGAGAGGAGAUCAUUCAACGGCAUCGCAGCAGAUUUUCUCUUGACCAAUAAUUGCUUUGUGUUCCUUUGUGAAUAACUAUUCGCUGAAUCCACUAGCACAAAGUUUACAUGUCAUACUGAUCACAACUGCUCAAAAAGGGUCAUACUUAGUAGGGCUGUGCACAACAGUGUAAUGAGGUACCCGAGUACAUUCCUAGGCUCACAGGCGAAUACCUGAAUAUUCGGACGCCAUUUUUUUAUGCCUCCGCCACCGAAGGUGGUGCCGGAGGCAUCA